AUGGUGUCUGAAGCAUAUGGCGACCUGUCAGAGACGGCACGCACGAUCCUGACCACGCUCAGCAAUCCAGGAGACUUCACCUCAUUGGACCGCUUCAUUUCAGCAAAUGUCAUGUCCCAGCAUGAGGAUGAGCCUCCAGUCUUUUCCAGAGACGCCUUCAUGCAAGACUGGGCUGAUAUCCUACGGCGAAUGCCGGGAUUUCAGCUCAAUAUCAAGGAGGCAUGUGUAGACGAACAACAACACAAAGUGUGGGUGCGCAGCGAAAUCACAGGCUUACCGGGGGGCAUGAGAAAAGAAUCCAUCGAUAUGAUGACCUUCGACGACGAUGGACUGCUGGUCAAAAGCGUCGAUUGUCAGAGAGUAUUAAGGACAGAGGGUAUCGAAUGA